UUUCGGAAGAUUUAAGAUAGUUCAAAUGGAGUUUGAAUGUCAGUGGACUUGAAAAGGUGUUCCCUUUAAUUUAAUUGACUAUUGGGGCAUGGAAUAUCAUGCAUGAAUGGUGUGGGAACUGUCCAUAAAUGGUGGAAAAAGUCUGUGUUGACAAGUGUUGAAGUUAUCAUAGUUUCGUAUCUACCUACCAGUAUACUCUAUGAUGGCCAGACCAAGGAGUUUAAAUCGUGGAGUUUAAAUUGUAUGCGUUUAAAAUGUGCUUAAGUUUUAUUCAUAUAUCGGACAGUAUUCAUUAUUAAAUAUUUGUGUCGAAAACGUCAGUGAACUGAGUAAAUAUAAGUUUUCACAGAAUUAAGUAGUUUGGGUUUAAGUUUUAUCAUGAUUGAUAUAUGAUUGCAUAGAUCAUUGAUGUGGACUGUAAAUUGCUUUUCAUGUGAAUGUUAAAGCCAAUGAUUUGCAGUUGUUGAUUAACAGUGAUAAUAGUAUUUCAACAUGCUGACGACUGUCAUGAAAGUUCAUAGAAAUGACUUUUUUUUUACCUUCCCACCUAUUUCGAAACACGUCAAUGACUUCUGGGACCAAUAAUACAUUCCCAGAUGACUUGUAAACAAAACGAAAAACUGCACGUUGGGAUUUAGAUUAUCUUCAAGGAAUAUCAUUUGGAUGUUAGACAGUUUAUGUGAACUGCAAUAGUAUAUUAUUUUAUCAUGGACUGGACCUUGAUUUUUCAGAAAAAAGUGUUUUUCUUCAAUUAAAAAUAACAAACUGAAACAUUGAACCGUUGAAAAGUUUAUUGCUGGAAGUAUGAGUUGGCUAAGAUCAAAGUCGUACUCGUUGAAGGUGCGGAAGGGGAAGCCAGAUAAAAUGGAGACGAUUCUGAAGGGUAUCUUGGCAUCGGACCAUCCAGAUUCGGUCAAGCGUGACUUGCUGGUGAAAAUCGCUUCGCAGGGAGCUGGUCAGCAGUCAAUGGCCACUGUCCUGGGCGUGCUUGACCUCACUUCUCAUUGGGUGCUAGAGGGUGACUCAAAGCUAUAUCGAACAUAUGGCCUCGAUAUUUUCAGAGCCUGGGCAAAGGGUCAAGGUAGCAAGUUCGAUGAGUUCUUUAAUAAGGAGUUCUUGUUGACAUUGUUUUCUAAGAAAUUUUCACAUGACAAUAGAGGAAUGGUUCCAGUUUUGUUGAAAGAGAGUUUAAAAGCUCUUCAGACUUCUGCGAUGUUUAGAAAUCAUUGUACAGUUAUAGAAGCGAAAGCCACCGGGUAUGUUAGAGAAAAACUACAUGUAGACUGUUUGACAAAAUUUGCGGACCUUUUGUUAGAAUUCAAAGAGUGCAUACCAAAAGGAGAUCUCGCAUCUCCAUUCUGUACACAGCUGAUAAGGUCUCUAAGUUUAUGUGGUUCGCCUGACCAUGAAACAGAGAUUGUGAAUUACAUCAAAGGUGUGAACACUGUGGCGAAUCUGCUUGCGUACAUGUGGGACACUCCUGAUGCCCAAAGUUUACAAGACUCAUUAAAGGAGAUCUUCAAAAUCAUAUCGAUGCCAUGCGAUGUUGAGCCCUCGAUAUGCUUAGGUUCGUUGGUUCCAUACAUUCCUCCAUCCCUAAUACCAAAAGUGGUGCGGAACGUGAUUUCUGACUCGAACAUCGACAACAACAGCAUGGUGACGGCGUUGCAGCGAAUCAUCGACUGGUUGCUGUGGCCGACGACACGAUUUGUGGACACAUGGGUGAUUGAGUUCCUGAAAGCCCUCGCCUCUGUUCAGAAGUACAGUGUCCUCAUCACGGUCACCGAGAACAAAGUGGAUCAGAUAUUCCAGAAACUGCAGUUUGCCCCAGUCAGCGAGCCUGGCCUUAACAUUGUCACCUACAUGUUGCUGAGUUUUCAACAUUCUCCAGAUCCUUUCCACAAGAUUCUGCCAAUGGUUCCAAAGAUUGUGUCAGUGUGGCAGAAUGACAGUUCAGACCAGAGCAACCAGCUGCUCUCACGGCUGGCCGAGCUUCUACACAUCCUGAUGUACCUGCAUGCUGGAUUCCCUGAGCUUUAUGAUCCGGUGUAUGAGCUGAUUAAGGAUUUCCCAAAGCCAUCACCAGAUGUAAUCAAGUUCCGACUACUAGAGUCAAAAUGGACGGCCCAUCGCGACAGCUCCGCCCACCAGCCUCGAUCGUACCAGCCCAAGGCAGAGAUGGGCAAAACGGGACUUUUCAAUCUUGGCAACACAUGCUAUAUGAAUAGCAUCAUACAGGCCUUGUACAUGUGUGAUAGUUUCCGAGGGGCGCUGUUACAACACAUGCCAACACCAGAACAGAGCCUGGUUGUCAAACUACAGCACGUGUUUGCCUUCCUGUCCCUGUCACAGCGUCCAGCGUACGCGCCUGUCAACUUCCUUGCGACCUCUCGGCCACCAUGGUUUAUGCCUGGUUUCCAGCAAGACUGUUCAGAGUUUCUAAAAUACCUGCUGGAUCAACUCAAUGAGCAGGAAUCCAGCCACCUGAAGAAGAGCAUAGAUUCACCACCUUCCCCAGGUAAACAUAAACGGGACACAACUGGGUCGGAGAAGAAACAAAAGACUCUGAUACAAGGAAAUUUUGGUGGUAAAAUUUGUACGACCCUCAAGUGCUUGAAUUGUGGAACAGAGUCGGUAAAAGAGGAGUCGUUUAUUGAUUUGCCAUUGGCAUUUCCCGAGUACAACGUGACCCCAGGUCAACAGUCAAUGGCGGGGGGUAGUAGUAAGGGUUGUCAGUCCUCUCAGCCUUAUCCGAUUGUGACGGAAAACGUUGGCGCCUCAGAGGAUAGAAAUUGUCUCCAUUUAAAUGACCUCUUGAAACAUUACCUAAAAGCAGAGAAAUUGACUGGUGAUAAUAAAUAUUACUGUGAUAACUGCGGCGGUCUUCAGGAGGGAGAAAGAAAGAUUAAAAUCAUUGAAACACCCGAGUAUUUGAUUUUGACUUUACUGAGGUUUUCAUACGAUACAAGAUUACAGUCAAGGUCAAAAGUGUUCAGAGAAGUGAAAUAUCCGAAGACAUUGUUAGUUCCGGUAGAAAGUGAAAGCAACGGUCAAUCCUCAUCUUCAAAAUGGGGAGACCCUCUUCGGUCGGUGAUAGCUAGUCACUUAGACACUAGUGUGGUAAAUUCGGACAUCGACAAUGCGGACAUGUAUUCAUUGUGUUCUGUGGUCAUUCACUCCGGUACGUCGUCAGACUGUGGCCACUACUACUGCUACGCAAGACACUCGCAAGUGACUGGUUUAGAGCCAACUGGGGAAAACCAGAGUAACACAAAUGGCCCCAACGAAGAUCAAGUUGACUUUCUCCAAGACAAGUGGUAUUUGUUUAAUGACAGUCGUGUCUCAUAUGCAAGUUACAGCUCAUUCUGCAAUGUGAGUCAAAGAUUUACAAAGGACACAGCGUACGUUCUGAUCUACCGGAAAGUCAAUCCAGGGGCUGUGGGCUCGGUUGGAAUGCAAGGAUCCCCAACAAAGGGGCUGGACCAAUCCAUCGAGCCCAGUCGGGGCGAGACCCCACUUAGACAUGAUCUGAGGGCGGCAGUUGUGAAGGACAACAAACUGUACUUGCAGGAACAGGAAAGCUCGGCAGAACGCAAAGCUAGCAGAAAGCGCCCCAAUGACUUCCAGUGGUACAACUGGAAAGAUGACGAUGAUCGUGGUGGGACUGGGCCGUGUGGGGGUGGGGGCGGACUGGGGGACCUCGACACAUCGGGGAGUCGAUUUGUGUUCUAGAACUACAUAAUAUAUUGAAGGACGAGGGGGUUGGGAGAGUUAUUCUACGUGAAGAAUGCAGUGGUCAAAGUGAUAUAGGGCUCACAAUUUCAAUGUUAAUAAUUCAUGACAUAACAUUAUUAUAAGAUAUAUUAUCUUGAAGUUUUUUCAUGAUGACAACGUCAUUUAUGACUUAAAAAAAGCUACAAGUACAAUGGUACAGUAGACACAUAAUUCCUGAGUAAUUUGCUGAAGUUUCAAAACUAAGAGCAUUCUACAACUUUGACGGAGAGGAAUCCCUGUAAUAGGGCUAUGUUAUCAACGAGAAAAUAUCAUAUGAUCAAGAAUUUCAAUAGAAUAUUAAAGGGGCUAGACACCUGGCCCCAAUAUCACGAAAAUACUUACGACAAAUCUCAAUCUCAACUCAUUUUACUACAUUAAAGCAUAGCAUUAUUCAAAAUCGUGCAUGUUUUUUAUACUUUUUGAAAACAUAUUUUUUCAUAGAGUAAAUUGUACUCAAGUACAGUUUUGGCUGUAGAACAUAUUUCUCUUGGUAUCUAGACCAAAGGUUUUAAUCAAUAUGUUCAGUGAUUGAAUGUGGUUUAAAAAUGUGUAAAAAAACAUAUAUAUUUUUUCAAUUCAUUUUGAUGUCAUAUGGUAUAAUGAGUUGAGAUUGAGUUUAAGAUUUGACUUAAGUAUUUUCGUGAUAUUGGGGCCGGAUUGUCUCAAAUCGGCAAAUACAUUAUUUCCACAAGACAGGUCUAGAUUUAUCAAUUCAACCUAGUAAGUUGCUGAUAAAACAUCAUUUUACAUCAUUAGAAGAAUAUUUUGUCGCUGUCUCAACUGAGAUGACCUGUUUAAAAUUAGCACAUAAUGGUUUCCAAGUUUAAAGUGUGUACAAUUAGCAUGCUGAAGUCACGUUAUUAGAACAGAUACAUAUUCUGAUGCUAUUUUUAAAUUAACUGGGAUUUGGGUGGUAAACAACCCCAAUAAAUUUCGAAAUGGAAAAAUACGCAAAAACUGCGAAAGAUACAUGUGUCGUAAGCGAUGUGAUACAUCAGUGAGUAAGAUUCAAUGCGUUGUACAGUUUUUGACAAUUUUCUUUUUUUCUUGCAAUUGUAUCAUCUUGUGCCUAGUCCCUUUAAGUGGGUGUCACAAAUUGAAUUGAAAGUUUUCCUUUUAAAAUCAAAUUAAUUUUGCAUCAAAAUAGAUAUUAGCUUUUGCCAUUAAUUAAUAGCUAUUAAUUUAACAAAUUAGAAAAAUUAGAUUCGAAAAAAUGUGAUAUUGUUAGUUAACAAGGCCCCAAGAAGAUAAGGUUGUGUAAAAGUUUCGCUUAAGAUGUGUUUUUUUGACAUUGUAUACUGAGUCAAGCUGACAUUAUUUAUUUUUAGCCUCGAACACAACAAUUUUUAUGUUUAUAACUAUGUUUUGAAAUGUCUGUGAAAUAGUUAAUAAAUAUUAUUUAAUUAGUCUAGCAAUGAAAUUUACAGAAAUUCUUUAUAAAGGAUCGUCAGAAAAUACUAAUAGCGCCAGAUGAGAAGCCAGAAGGUUUUUUUUUCUAGUAUUUCUCAGAAGUUCAUUAAACUGUUGGUCGGCUUAAAGAUGCACUCUUACUCCCAAAUAAGUUUGACCACAAUUUAUAAUAUUGUUUUAAAAUUCAAAAAAGGAUGAAUAAAUGUCAAAAAUAAUGGUUCUUAUGAAGGAAACUGAGUUUAAUUUGAAAGAAAUGAGCAAAAAACACGGUAUUUUUACCUUAUGAGAUUUAAGGUGACCACACUAAAUCGUUUAGCAUUCACCAAUCAUUUAAUAUUUUAGCGAUUGCCGCUGUUCAAUUUACGGUUAUAAUCUUGUUAUCAUAAGUUAUUAUUUUCCAUAUAUGCAUUAUUUAGUAAGUAGUUAAAGGUUUAUAAGUCAAAAUUGAUAUUUGUUAUUCAUGGAUAUCUAUUGAUUUUGAAUAAGAGUGCCACUUUAAGGCGUCUCUUAACUUUAAGUAAUUUUCCUAAAAUGUUCAUACUCAAAAUUAAAGGGAAGAAUACAUGUGUUUUUAUCAUGGAUGUAUUUUAUCAUAGAAGUAUGUAUUUUUGAUACAAUUAUUGAAAAUGAGGUAUUUCAGAUAAUAUGAAGUCAUUAUAUCAUAUGAUAAUGGAGACACUUAACACAAUAAAAUAACUUAAGUUAGGAAAUUACUUAAGACUUAAUACUGGCACUGGGGGCCAUUUCAGUAAAGGAUGGUCUUCAGUCUGACAAUCACUAUUGAAACAAGACCCAGAUUUCUUUUUAAGAUCAGACUUUUGUGUUCAGGAGAAAAAGCAGCAGUCAGAAUAAGCUAAGUUAAAUGAUUUUUGAAGGUUAAUCUUCUUGUUCAUUUUCUAGACAUCUUUUAACAGGGUUUAUAAUACAUGGAAUUCCAUAUACAUACAAAUAAGGCAAAAAAUAAACAUCAUUAAAUGAUGUUUUUCUAUGCUCUUGUUUUGCACAAUUCAAUAUUUAUAAUAUUUAUAAGUAUAUAUUGUAUAUAAAUAAUGUAAUGUUUGGUAUGUAAUAAGAAAUGUCCUAUAGUCUGUCCAUCAGAGUAAAAAUAAUGUUAUUUGAAUAAACUAUAUGAUUUGAUGUUGUGUUUGGUGCAUAUUUUGUAAUUAAACGUUGUCAUUUGAUUUGCUCAGAUUUGUAUUUGUUUUUUGUUUAUUUCUGUAGUCUCUAAAAAUUGUUAUAUGAUGCAGAUGACCACAUAUAAUAAUUGUUACAUGAUGCAGAUUACCACAUAUAAUAAUUGUUACAUGAUGCAGAUGACCACAUAUAAUAAUUGUUACAUGAUGCAGAUUAUCACAUAUAAUAAUUGUUAUAUGAUGCAGAUUACCACAUAUAAUAAUUGUUACAUGAUGCAGAUUACCACAUAUAAUAAUUGUUACAUGAUGCAGAUUACCACAUAUAAUAAUUGUUACAUGAUGCAGAUUACCACAUAUAAUAAUUGUUACAUGAUGCAGAUUACCACAUAUAACAAUUGUUACAUGAUGCAGAUUACCACAUAUAAUAUUUAUAACAUGAUGCAGAUUUCCACAUAUAAUAUUUGUUACAUGCUGCAAAUUACCCCUAAAAAUAGUUACAUGAUGCAGAUAACCACAUAUAAUGAGUGUUACAUGAUGUAAAUUUCAACAUAUAUAAUAAUAGUUACAUGAUGAAGAUUACCACAUAUAAUAAUUGUUACAUGAUGCAGAUUACCACAUAUAAUAAUUGUUACAUGAUGUAAAUUUCAACAUAUAUAAUAAUGGUUACAUGAUGCAGAUUACCACAUAUACUAUUUGUUACUUGAUGCAAGUUACCUCAUAUAAUAUUUGUUACAUGAUGCAGAUUACCACAUAUAAUAUUUAUUACAUGAUUGGGAUUGUCACGUAUUGUUUAAUGAUGCAGAUGACUGACAUGAUUCGGAAUACCACAUAUUGUUAAAUGAUGCAGUUUUCAAACCACACAUAUGUUUGUCUCAAUGUUAGGGGAUGCUUGAUUGUGGCCAGUAGAUUUAGUUUAAUGUUCUUGAAGGGGGAGUAUGUUUGAGGGGGGUCUGCCUUCUGGUGGCGACCAAAAAACAAUUUGUGUUAAUGUACUGUAAAAGUUUUAACUCAUUCUAAAUGAAGAGUCAACAACAUGAGUAUGGUGUGAACAAUCGAGGUGGUGUGGACUACAAUGCUGCUGGGGUCUGGCUUGAAACUGUAAUGUUGGACAUAAUAAACAAGAAAAUAAAUUUUGUACGAGUUUCAUGAAACUUCGUACACAUGUUCACAUUGGCGAUCUACACAUGAUCAAGGUAUUGUCGUUACCAUGGUGUGAGUUGUUAAUUGCUGCCAGAGUCUGGCUUAUCGCUGUAAUGUUAGACAUAAUUAACCAAAACAAUGAAAUAUAUUACUAGUUACUGUAAUUGAAACUUGGUAUACAUGUUCAUAGUGAUGAGUCCAAAUGAGAUGCAUGUUGCAAAACUCCAGAUCAUUUUCUUGAGUAAUACCCUUUUCCGACUGACAUACGAGCGUUGCUAGAGGACAUUUUGGUGUCGCAUCUUUAGUGAAAAAUGUCCUAAAAGAGGAAGUGAUAUAAUGUCAUGAUUUUUUUCUAUACCAUUUAAGGCCAUUAUUUCUACAAAGAUGCGUUGAAAAGGCAUUUAUUUCACUCUGUGAUACAAUAAUAUUAUUUUUUUGUUAAAAGAAAUAUUGUUUGUUCUGAAUAUUGAUAUUUAUAUAAGAGCAUGAACUAUGCCAAGCAGAAAUGAGUUUUAUAGUGCAUGUUUGAAUUAUCACCAUUUGCCAUCAUAUCAAAUAUAAAUAAUAUUAUAAAUAUUAAACAAUAUGCAAAGAGAUACCCUUGACCUUAUAAACUCAUCACAUCAUUGGAACUCAAGUUCUAUUUUAAGUAACAAAAAACUAUGAGGUCAUAUAGUUUGCCUUUGUCACAUUUACUAUGAGAUCCAUUUCUGUGUGUCACUUUUUUAUUUAUAUAUAGAAAUUAUAUGAUAUACAUGUAUAAUGUUAUUCAGAUUCCAUAACAGAUUAUUAAGUAUGUGUAUAUUAAAGUCACCAGGACAAGGAAUUGUCUGCAAUUAAAAACAGGAUUAGACCUAUCCACUGAUGUUCUUUGAUGAUACAUUGAUUACUUUGAGGUUUAAGGGGAUUCAUUAAGUUCGUAAACUUUGGUUGUUUGAUCAUAAAAGUAAGUACCAGUAACUCAAUUCUAAGAAUAUUCACUGUACUUACAAGGACAUAAAUAAUUUUGUUUGCACACUUUCAGGGGACUCUAAACAACAGGAUUUUUUUUUAUUCCUGAAAUAAGGAUUGAAAGCUUUUAACUUCAGACAAUUGCACAAUUUUAAACAUUGCUUUUGCUCAGACAUUUGCAUUAAAGAUGCACUAUUACUCCCAGUCAUGAUGAACCACAAUUAAUACAAUUGUUUUAAUAUACCAAAACGGAUGAAUUAAUGUCGAAAAUAAUCUUUCGUAUGAAGGAUAAGAAGUUUAAUUUGAAAGAAAGGUGCAGAAAAUAUGGUAUUUCUAUCUUAUGAGACAAUAAUUGAUCACUGUUAAUCUUUAAGCACUCACCAAUCAUUUAAUUUUUUUUUUGCGUUUUCAGCUACUAAAUACACUGUUACAAUUUUGUUAUCAUUUAUUCAUAUUUGCCAUUAAUGGAUUAUUUAGUUAGUAGUUCAAGGUUUAUCACUCAAAACUUAUGUUUGUUAAACAUGUGUAUGUAUUGAUUUCAAAUAAGAGUGUCACUUUGAAAAUUGUGGGAAGUACCUUGAAACGAAUGUAAAUGACUUGAAAUAAUUUCAAAAAGGUUCGAAGCCACUUGACCCUGUUUUUGGCAUGAAUCCCUCAUUUUCAAAUAGAUUCCAGUCUCAAGAUUAUCUGCUGUUAGAACCCCUGUACUUUAUUUCACAAGUUUAUGUUGACUGUACAUGUAUCACCAUGACUGUACAUACUAGAAUGAUAAACAGAAAUCAUCAACCAGGAUUUUGUUCAACUUUGAAGUCUAAAAUUCAUCCAAUAAAAGUGUAUCUCUAGAAUUCAAUCAUACUGUGAUGAAACCCAAACAAGUAUAAAGUCAUUUUCAUAUGUCAGAUAUCAAAUAAGUGAGUGUGAUUUGUGAAAUAAAUUAGUUCAUGUACCUAAAGCUUUGAAGCUUGCUUACAAAUAUUUGAUUUUGUUAUUUAAGGCUAAGCAAAUAAUCCUUGUGAUAUAUUUUUUUAUGGAAAUAGAUUUUCUCUUGUUUAAUUUUUGUCUGUGUUAAUCCAGCUGAGUAUUGAAGCAACACUAUUAUUUUGUUACACGGAGGAUUGUUAUUUAUGCAUAAUAUUCAAGUGAAAAUAAAAGGAAAAUUUAU